CUGUCCGGAAGACAAUGAAUAAAACAACUUGUCCUCGUGUCAGCUUUGACUUUACAGGCAGAUUUCUGCCUCCUGUUUACAUCAUAGUCUUCAUCGUUGGUCUGGUAGCUAACGGAUGGGGACUGAAGUCUUUGCUACAGAAAUGGAAGAAACUGGGUAACAUCAAUGUUUUUGUUCUCAACCUUGGACUUGCUGAUAUUUUGUACCUGCUCACAGUCCCAUUUUUGGUGGUGUACUACUUUAUGAAGAGUAAAUGGAUCUUUGGAGACACAUUCUGCAAGAUCACAAGAUUCUGCUUCAACCUGAAUCUAUAUGGCAGCAUCGGGUUCCUCACUUGUAUAAGUGUGUACAGGUACCUGGCCAUUGUCCAUCCAAUGAGAGUGAUGGGAAGAAUAACUGUCACCCACUCUGUGAUCAUCUCAGUCAUGGUUUGGCUGUUGGUGAGUGUUCAAAGCCUUCCAGACAUGUUCUACAUCAAAAGAUACAGCAAGCCAUAUGGAAACAACACUGAGAAAUGUUUCGAUACAACGGAUAACAUCUAUGUUGAGAGUUACCUGAAAUAUACCCUUGGAUGGACAUUCACUGGGUUUUGUAUCCCAUUCCUCAUCACCCUGGGCUGCUAUGGACAUGUGAUUGUUGUUCUCUGCUGCACAAAUACCACUGACAAGGUACUGAAACAGAGAUGCUUGAAGUUGUUGUGCAUCUUGAUUCUUCUCUUCUCUGUUUGUUACAUCCCUUAUCAUGUUUUCAAGAACCUCAACCUCUGGUCAAGAGUUCUGUACAACCAGAAGAUAUGUGCUGAAUGGUCCAAUGGAGUCUACAUUGCUCGUCAGAUAAGCCGCGGCCUUGUGUGUCUGAACAGUGCUCUCAACCCUCUGGUUUACCUCCAUGGUAAUGAGAAUAUUCCUGCUCAGCUCAGACAGAUGCUCCAACAAGCUUGUCCGAUGUUCAGACAUCCAUCUCCAACAAACUCUGGUAAUGCACCCGUUGCACAAAUCACAGAGGACGUUAACACAAGACAAACAUGUUGAACAGUAGGAAAUGAAGAUAUCCCUGCUCAGCUCAGACGACUACUCCAGCAACCUCGUCAAGCUGUCAUGCGGCUGCCCAUCACCCCUAGUCAAGUUGGUGUGAAUUGUCUGAAAUGCGAUUGAAAUUAAACAAUUGUACUGCAUUAUCUGCAGCUUUAACUCAUUAAU